AUGGCGAAGCAGAAGAGACUGGAGGUUCGAGCGCAGCACGUGGAUAGCGACUGUCGCUUCCACCCGGCCAUUACAGAAACAAGCCGACAGCUGGUGUCCAACAAUUUGGACCUCCUGGGCGAGACUCCCGAGGAGCGGAUCCACCGGCUCGCUGUUCGUGAUGCUGAGCGCCGUGAGCAGACCCGCGCAGAGCUGGAGCAACUUCACCACAAGGACUGCACCUUCAAGCCGCAGAUCAACCCGGUUUCCGAGAUUAUCGCCACUUCUCGAGCCGAGGCAUCAACUUCGUCAGGCAGAGUCGAAGACUCUGGCGCACACGAGCGCCUCUAUCGAUCUGCGAAGAUUCCAGCGGGCUCCGGCGACGAGUGGCCGUCCGAGUACAGCUUCAGGCCACAGCUAGAUCCACGCAGCUCGAAGCGCUUUUCACACAUUAAGUCUCGGUACGCAAAGAGGUCCGAGCUUGUGGAGACUAUUCGACAGGAGCAAGAGAAGAAAGCCGAAUACCUGCUGGAGAGACGUCGCCAGCUUGAGGAGGAAAAGAACGCUGACUGCACCUUCGCUCCGCGUGUCAAAGAGAUCUUUCAGGACAAUCAGAAGCCCAUUGCAGUCAGCGGUCUGGAUCGGUUCUUCGAGCUCAAGAGUCUGGCUUUGAAGAAGCAGCAGGAACAGCUCGAACGCGAACAGCGUGUUUUUCGUCCCGAGAGUCUUGCUUUGCACGAAGGUGUCACUGUCCCAGAGCCCUUCCAACUCUCAGAGGCUAAGGACACCAGCAAGGAGUUUCGAAGGCCUCCGCUUGACGAGGACUGCACCUUCACGCCACAGACCAAUGAGACUCACAAUCGAGAGAUGAUCAAGCAGAUUAUGGGCGUAGUAAGGGUACACUAA